AUGUCGCCUAAGCCGUUGAUGCGCCAGCAGAUGGCCAGCCUUAUACUUUCGGUAUUACGUUCAUUUUAUCGCUUCAAGGAUACAAACAUUUUAGACGGUGCCCUAACCGGUCUCCUUAAUCUGCUGCUUGGCUUAAUUGAUGGUCAUGAAGUGCUUCAGUAUGUCAACCACUCAGGCGCCCUUUUCACUCUUUUACGCGGCUAUGCUGAGCUAUGCCCACACGCUAGAGUCCAUCUGGCCAAUUUGCGAGCCCUACCUCGUCUUCUCUCCUUCCUUGUCACUUCCUCAUCGGGGCUUCAAGGACGUUCUUUAUUCAAGAAUAAAGCCGGCCAUCCUCAGCCAGAGGGCAUUGGAGAUAACACUAUUGAUUCUGAUCACUCCUUCUGCAGCCCUGAUGGCAAUACGGGUUCGCCCACCUCCCUGAUCCCUCCCGUUACAAUAUAUGUUAAUUCACAAUCUGCGGCUUCGGCUAACUUAGUAUCCCCAGUUUCACUUGGGCCUGGACCAGCUUAUCCCCAUACUCCAUCUUCUGGAGUCAGGCUUGAUCCUCCAACUUGG